GUGUGUGUUUGUUCUCUCCUCUUGCAGAUGCAUCACUCAGACUCCAUCAGCCUUUAGAUGAUCAAGGACCAACACACAAAACUGAAUGUCAUCAGUCUGCAGGAACAGUGGAAUAUUGGCAGAUCCUCAGGAGGGAGCGUAGAACCACAGUUUCACUAUGAACCGAGCCUUCAACAGGAAAAGAGAUAAAACAUGGAUGCACACCCCAGAAGCUCUGGCCAAGCAUUACAUUCCAUACAACGCCAAGUUCCUUGGAAACACAGAGGUUGAAGCUCCAAAAGGCACUGAAGUGGUAGAAGACGCCGUUAGAAAACUGAAGUUUCAGAGACACAUAAAGAAGUCUGAGGGCCAGAAGGUUCCUAAAGUGGAACUGCAGAUCUCCAUCUACGGUGUGAAGAUUCUAGAUCCCAAAACUAAAGAUGUGCAUCAUAACUGUCAGCUCCACAGAAUAUCCUUCUGUGCAGACGACAAAACCGACAAAAGAAUAUUCACUUUUAUUUGCAAAGACUCUGAAUCCAACAAACACCUGUGCUACGUGUUCGACAGUGAAAAGUGUGCUGAGGAGAUCACCCUCACCAUCGGUCAGGCCUUCGACUUGGCUUAUAAGAAGUUCCUGGAGUCUGGAGGAAAGGACGUGGAGACCAGGAAACAGAUCGGAACCCUCCAGAGAAGAAUUCAAGAGUUGGAAACUGAAAACUCAGAGUUGAAGAAACAACUGCAGGACUUUGAAGAGCAGCUGAUGAUGGUGCACGGGUCCCCAUCUCUGCUCUUAAACUCCUGUCCAGAAGCUCUCCUGUCCUCUCACUCUUCGUCCUCUCUGCUCUGUGGACACGUCCUCAGGUCUCUGUCCUGUCUGCAGAUCUCCUCCGUCACUCUCACUCCUCUGAGUUCUCCUGAAUCCAGUGUGUCUGCUGUUCUACUAACACCUCCACCUGCCAAACACACUCUGACUCCUCUGAAAACCACUGAGGGACGCAGCAUCCCACGGCCACGAGCUGGAAGCGUCUCCAUCCAGACCCAGUCCACAGAUGUUUUUGACAUGGUGCCCUUCUCUCCUGUGACCCCCCUGGUGCCCACACAGGCCAACAACGCCUCCCCCCCACCACCACCCACCACUCUGCCACCAGACAUAAGUAAAGACCUGUUUGGUGCUGAGCCCUUUGACCCGUUCACCUGUGCUUCUGCGGACUUCCCUCCUGAUAUUCAGUCUAAACUGGAUGAGAUGCAGGAGGGGUUCAAAAUGGGACUGACUUUAGAGGGCACCAUCUUCUCUCUGGACCCACUGGACGAACGCUGCUGACGAUGGGACACCACUGACGCCGUCUGCCCGUCGUCUCCCACAUUGGACUCGUUUGUAUGAAGAAGUGCCAAAUCCACUCCGCGGCUGAGUCGAGAUGUCACCGUUUUCAUCUGGAAGUUUUAUGCAUUUGCAUUUAGAUAUUGUUUUUUCAAUAUUUCAAGGUCAACUCAGAUCCAUUCUAGAAAAGAACUAUUUUUGUACAAACCUAUGGUAAGGAACAGUUUUGCGUACAUUUGCUUGCACAGGCAGUGAGAUGUAAAUAAUUGAACUUGUCUGAUGGUUAACUCUGAUUUUUCAUAUGAAAGACUUUGUGUUGCACCAUUUAAAACCGUGUGACGUUAACACAUUCCUGUUUGUACGCUCGACAAGGAAAACAAAUGGAAUCUAUAUCAUUAACACCAACUUUUAUAACAAAUGUAUUUUACUCAGCUCUGUUACACAUUUUGUAAUGAAUUAAUCCAUUCCAGUGAAACUUAUUGGUUUCGUGAUUUUUCCAGUUAUUGUUUAAGAUGUUUUUUUUUGUUCGUUUUUUUUCCCACACAUUUCAACGUACUUUUUUCUAAUUAUUCAUCAGUUUAGUCGGAUCUCUUCUUGCACCAGAAGGCACUUUGUUUUUUAUUCUAAAUUUUUGUCCAUGUGUAGUAUUAUUCCCGUUAUCCUCAGUUGCAAUGACUGUUGUUCUAGUAAUUAAAAUGUCACUGUGCAAAAUA